AUGACCUUUAUUAAACUACAUUUGAGUUUGAAACCGGCGGAACAGAACGCUUCUAGAAUGUUCAUCCUCACCAUAGCUUUCCUGCUUCUAUUGGUAGUGGACAAUUCAGAUCAAAGAAUUUGUCGUUGGAUUGCUUACCAAAAAAAGUUCAGACAAGGUGGAAUGGAAGUACCGCGCAUUCGCUCGUUGGACGGUUGUAAAGAUGCAUGCUUGGCAUCUACAACAUGUAAGGCUAUAGCAUGGGGCGAUCCGAUGCACACUCCGCGUCCGAGGUGUCUCAUAUUCAGAACUAGUGCACUCCCAAACGAAAGACAUGAUGGGUAUACGUAUUACCGCUGCUGA